UCGCAGGUACGGGGGCAGAGCGUCGCGUAUUCAUUCCCUGGCGUGUUCUGACAUAUAGGGUAUCUUAUCUGUCCGCCCGACCCGCAUGAUGUCUUCAGAAAACCUGGACGCGGAGACUCAGAUGGACUACGAAGACGAAAAACAAGAUGCCCAGGAGAAGAACGCUAACCCAGUGAAAGCUGAGGAGGCCAAGCUGAAGGCCAAGUACCCCAGCCUGGGCCAAAAGCCUGGAGGCUCUGACUUCCUUAUGAAGAGGCUACAGAAAGGGCAAAAGUACUUUGACUCGGGUGACUACAACAUGGCCAAGGCCAAGAUGAAGAACAAGCAGCUGCCUGUGGCAGGGCCCGACAAGAACUUGGUGACCGGGGAUCACAUUCCCACCCCACAGGACCUGCCGCAGAGGAAGUCCUCCUUGGUGACCAGCAAGCUAGCCGGCUAGCCUCCAUAUCAGAAAACCCCUAUACACCCACCCCCCCACCCCGUCAACACCCCAACCUGGGGCUCCCAGCGAUCGUACCCCCACUCACACCUGUCUCCCCCUAGAUACCCCCCCACCCCACUCCUCCUCUCUCUCACACACCAAUGCUUCCCUCUCCAUCCCUCGACACCACUUUGCUUUAAUACAUCAGGCAGAGUUGUAUAGGUUAAACUCUGUAUGCUUGGAUGUGGAUGGGGUAGGGCGGGAAGGACAGGUUUUGUUGCCCUUGUGAUGGCAGCCUUCUCGACCUUCUGCCCACGAGCAGCUCUGUUCCUUUUUCUCUGCACGCUCGGCUCCUCAUUGUCCCUUAUGUCUUGGGUUUUCGGUGUUCCACGAUGCGUCACAGUAGGUGUGCUUCGUCAGGCAAGGGGUCGAGUGGGGUGAGUUAAUGCACUUUGUAUUCUGGACAGUAAGUCUUUUUGCAUCCUAUAUGACACCAAAUUAAUGUGUGUGCGUGUGUGUGUGGUGUGUGUGUCUGCGCACACGCACAUGUGUGUUUAAGGGAAUUCUGAAGGCAUGAUCACAUUGUGUGUUCUCUGUGUUCCUCAUGUUUGUUGGGGCGGGUUAGAUUUUUUUUUCCCUUUUGUGAGAGAUAAUUGCUUGCACACCAAAUCUGUGAUGGGCGGCUGCAACAUCUUACGAAAGGGUUCACUGAAAAUGAACUUCGGCUUCCUGUUAUCCUUCUCUCUUGCUCAUCUCUUGAACAAAUCCUGGCGUCAUCUGCUGCAGCCCAGCCAAACAAGAUCUGAAAACUGCACCUUUCUCCUCUCUACUCACAACUCUAGUAUCCAACUCUCUUUUGCUUCUUUCUCUCUCCCAAUACAUUGCAUGAUUGUAAGAUUUAAGAAAAAAUGAACGUUAAUACAAUUGUUUUUUUUUUUACAAGUUGGGGGAGAGGGGGGGGUCUGUUGAGUGACAGGAAGUAGCUAAAAGACAACCACUCGGAGGCCUGGAAUGUCCAUGGUCACACUUCCUUCCUUCCCAUUCCUUUUGCUGUCCUGACAAUCCACAUCCGCACGCCCCUGUACACGGCCGCAGAUAUAUCCCUGUAUCAUUUUUCUGAAGGCCAGGAACUAUGCCAACUGCCGUGUUAAAUCUCUGUUCAGUGGCAGUUAAAUUGCACCGAGAAAUGUGUUUACGUCAAGCCUAAAGGAGUUGUUGGGGAUUCAGGCACCAUGCAUAGUGUGUAUGCUUCUGUAAAUAAUAUUCAAAAAAUGUUUUUGGAAAUUUAUUUCCAAAUUUAUAUUUUGCUGUUUGGUUUGCUCCUGGUUGGCCUGUUAGCCUUUCCUUUCAAUUUCAAGAUAUGUCACAACCAGACUUGGAUUUUUCACUCUCAGAUGUUGCAAAAGAUUAAUUCAAGUAAUAGAAACUUAGCAGAUAGAGUUCCUCUAUUAAACUAGCUGUCCUCUAGACUUAUGUUUCCUCCAGUCUUUUUCAGAUCAAAUAAGGGCCUGCGUAGUGCCCUGCUUAACCAGGUGUCAUCCUCCAAUAUUGACAUGCUAAACACAUUCAUCUGUGAUCUCAGUGGUGUUGUGGGGUAAACAGCAGGCAAUCCGAUAACCUCAGGUGUCACCCCAGCUCCUGAGCUCGUCGCCCCAGACUAAAAGUGGGACACAAGGCACUUGCAGGAUGCACUCAAUCCAACACUUGGCAAAUUUAGAGAAAGAUUGUAUGACAUUGGGAGAGGUCAAAGUUCAAGCGUGUGCUCCCUGCUCACCCCCACACCUGUUUGCGUGGUUCAGCCUUUGAGACAGGAAGUGCCGCUCAAUGAAUUUACAGAUUUUGAUUGUGCGCAGUCCACUUUGAGUCAAACACUAGUGAUCUCUGAGUGACAGACUCCUGGUAUGUAACGCUGCUUCAGGGAACGGUCACAAACGCACACUUUCAACCUUUCAGGCUAGAUGAUAGGGUGUGCACACCAUCACAUUCUCAACUCACGUCUUGCUCGCUAAGACUAACGAAACGUGUCAAAUCGCAGUGACUGGCUGGAAGAUUUUUAGCGUGCUUGUUAAUAGUCAUAUGAAUGCACUGCUUCUCUCUGUUCCAGCCAUUGUAAAUAGACUUUAACAGAGAAGGGAUUCGUUUUUUGUGUUGGUUCUCACCUGCGUGUCACUAUCUCCAUGUCCUGAGGUAUUUCUCUCCGGUUCAAUUUCCCCUCCCUCCUCUCAGUUAACACUACGCAAACUCUUAUCUAUGUGUAUGGGUGACGCUCUGACUCUGUACCAUAUGGAUUUAUGUGUAAAUGCUGCUGAUUUAGUCAAUGACAAUUCUUAAAGACAAUGCCCUGUAAAGAACGCCUGUCCUCCAUGAUUCUUCUACGCACUUCCUCCAUGGGUGUGCUUGUUUAAGCAAUCUAGCUUGCAUGACAGUGUCGGGUCACAUUCAGCUCAUUUCCCCAGUCAUGCACCAAUUCAACAACUUAUGCCAAAAAAAAUAAAUAAAUCACAAAUUCAGUUUUUUUUACUCAUUUUACAUCAAAAUCUAAUCAUCUCAUGUUACUCUAAAACAGCCAAGUUUUUGCGAUUGUGUCACCAAGUCCAAGCAGGUGGGCGAGCAACAUUCCAACCAAUAAUAUUGGAAAAUAUUAAAUUUUGCAUCAACGAAUCAAAUCCUGAAGCAUCAAUUCAUGUCCCUCCCUACAUUUUGUCCCGCCCUAAUAUCCCGUUUUACCUGGGAACUCGUCACCUUACGGAAACAAGAUACACUGAAUACUAUUUCACUUUGUCUUUAAGAUGUAAAGCUUUUUUUAACGGUGCAAAACUUGGUUGUCAAAGUAACAGUGGACAGGCGUUCUUGAAUGCUACUUCAUGUCACUGUUUUGCUCUCCACAGGGCAGUUCAAUAAGAGGGAUAUAAGGGUAUGUUCAAAUACCAUGACAGUUUGUCUCGCGUUCAAAUAUGAUAAACGUGCCAGAAUGUAUAAAAAAAGAGGCUGUGUGCUCUGAAGUACAUUUUGCUGCUUUUACCUUUUAUGUUUUCUUGUUUUGCAUAUAAUAGUAAAGGAUAUUUCUUUUAUAAUUCUCUUUUUGUGUAGUUAGUUUUUUUUUUCCUGGCCCAAGAUAACUGCAGGGAUAUCACAGGCACCCUUGCUUCCAAGAGAAAAAAAAAUAGGGUUUACAUGAUAAAUAAAAUGACUGUUUGGAGAGCACAGGAAUGAUUUUAAGACUUUAGAAAGUACAGGAAUACUAAGAAUGUUUCAGAUGUGUGGGAGUAGUUGAGGAUUUUUCUGUCAGUAUUUGAAAUAAACUUUUACAUUAG